CUUAAAGAUUUGGGGCUUCAGUUAGCCCAAAUCUGAAGGGAACCGCUUAUCCAAACGGUUGUUUUUAUCAUAACCAAAUAUUGAAAUGGGAAAAAUUAAUAUCUGCGUAAAACGGGCGUUCAUUUUCGUCUGUGUCUUAAUCGGGAUCAUCAGCACCCUCUUGCUGGCCAUCACGUUAUUUGGACAUGGGUUCUUCCACAAAGCAGAAGGAAUAGGCAAGUUUCUACCAGUGAUAGUAAUGAUGUAUGUCCUAGAAGCAGCAACCCUGGUCCUGUCAAUCUUUGGGGGUUUUGGCGCUUGCAAGGAGAAGAAAUGGGCUGUGGUUCUGUUUUCAGUAGGUAUGUCACUGGCCAGCCUAUACCUGUUAGUGGAGUGCGUGAGAGUAUGUGUACUCAAUCACAAGGGUGCCAAUUCAAUGUCCCAGGGUGACAGUUCAAUGUCCCAGCCAUGUUGUUCCAUCAACUCUGACAUGGACUGUGGACUCAUUGUGAUAAAAGGAAUAUGUAUAGCACUUACAGCAUUAUGGGAUAUUGGAGUUGCCCUGGCCAUCACAAUACUCUGCCAGAUGAGAAGAAAUGUUGAUGUGAUCUCAAUACGGAGAGCUGUGUAUAGGCGAGAUUCUACCAGGGAUAGUAAUUAUGUAUGUCCUAGAAGCAGCAACCCUGGUCCUGUCAAUCUUUGGGGGGUUUUGGCGCUCGCAAGGGAGAAGAAAUGGGCUGUGGUUUUGUUUUCAGUAGGUAUGUCACUGGCCAGCCUAUACCUGUUUGUGGAGUGCGUGAGAGCAUAUGAAUCCAAACACGAGAUGGAGGAGUUAACCAGAGACGAAUACCUAGCGAUGAUGCCUCUGAGUAGAGCGAAUACAACAGAUAUAAAAGAGAUUUACAACAUCCAGACUAACUUCAAAUGCUGUGGGCUCGUACAAGGCUACCAAGACUGGGGCACAGACAUCCCAAUCUCCUGCCUCUGUUCUGAUGAGGACUCAACAGACUUUAAAUGUGUUGCUCGUGGUAACAAUACAAUAUUUGUUAUUCACUAUCCCAACAGUGAUAAGCCUGAUGACCGCAAGAGAUUAAUGGAUGAACACAUGCUGGUAUAUGAAGAGCCAUGUCUUCCCAUCUUAAUCUCUGUCAUGGGCUAUGGACUCAUUCUGAUAACAGGAAUAUUUAUAGCACUUACAGCAUUAUGGGAUAUUGGAGUUGCCCUGGCCAUCACAAUACUCUGCCAGAUGAGAAGAAAGUUUGAUGUGCCACCUGUGAUUUUCACAUCUCAACCACCUCAAUACAGAGAGCUGUGUGACACAGCAGAGAAUGUCUGACAUGAAAUGGUCCUCUUAUGAAGGAUACACAAUGCACUAGUCUGAGUGACAGUCUGUUUGUGCUAUCAUGCCAACUCCUUGUCACUCAUUCGUGUCAAGCCACACAUGGCAAUGGGUGACAAAAUAGUUGGCUUGGCAAUGACAGCAAUGGAGUUGGCAUUGGCCAGACCACAAACAGAUCUGGGAUCAUGCUAGCAAUGCACUCAUAUUAUGUACAUAUUCAUAACACACUUGAAAGGACAACUAGGGACAUUAUUAGACAUUAGAGAUCUCUGAUGGGUUGUCCAAAGUAUUACUGUUCAACUGAUUGUCCAUCUGACUGCCAACAAGGGUCUUCUUAUUGGCUGUCAAGGGUUCUGUAAAACCUGUGGUUUGUUUUUCUGUUGUAAAUAAUUGGUAACCAUUUAACCAUUGAAGUGCCUCAGUGUUGGUUACAGUGUCUUGAAUAAAGGGACAACCAACAUC